AUUAAGUAUCCAGCUGUCACAAUCCCAGCAGUUCUCCAGAAGUCCUGCCAACCGUCCUAGCUGAAGGUUUUAGCUGGGCUGUGUUUCAGUCAAUCUCUGAUCCAUCCUGACUUCAAUGAAUACAUGUGAUGGGUUCUUUAUCGUGCCCGACUUGUGGGUCUCCUGAAAAGUGCCAUCGGAGAAUAUUCGAAGUCCCUAACGUAGCCAAGCUGCUCAUUAUCAUCUCAGUUAAGUAAGAAACCUGAACUAAGGUGCAUCUCAAAGAGCACAUCAUCGUGAAUUGUUAACAUUUUAAUCCGUGUGACCUCGAAAGAUCCUGAGCCACACACACCGACCACAGACGUCACAGUACCAUCUACUGCUUCGGAUCCACGUCAACUGAAAGACUGAUCGGUAUGGAGCUUAAACACGAAAGCCUCAAAUUGAAGAUAUGCGACCGCCUUCUGAAACUAUGCUUCUUCCUGUACAUUGCGUUCAUGGCGUACAGUUAUGUAUUAACGAUGCCGGUUAGCUUGAAUCGUUUAGUUGGUUACAACAGGACUGAAGUUUCUCAGGAUGGAGUCGAAAACGUGUCUCUUAUUCAGCGCUCAGCACUCCCCAGAUACGACAACUUCGUUCCUUUUGAAGAUAGCGUUAACAAUCAGUCGACACGAGCUUAUAAAACAUGGAACGCAGAGGCAUCGAAUCUUUCCCUACAGAAGAAAGAAGAUAACAACAAAAAGAUCAUCAUUUGGACCGCGACUGAAAGAUGGCCUACUCCAGAGGCGGUGCCAUGCCGCUCCAUGCCCCAGUGUGAAUUCAUUAAGAUCACUACCAAGAAAAAACGAAGAAAGAUGAAGACUGCAGAUGCCGACGCCAUUAUCUUCAGAGGAGUGCUUGAUAUACCCGGAGUCUAUAAGAGAAAGCAUUUUCCCAAGACUCGGCCCGAGCACCAAAUUUGGAUAUACUUUCCAUAUGAACCCCCAACCAUCACAAGAGGCUGGGACUUAGCUUCGUAUUCAGGCGUCUUUAACUGGACCAUGUCCUACAGAAACGAUUCCGACAUUCUCGCCCCGUGGGGACAUAUUACCCCGCUUUACAAAGCACUGGCUGAAAACCCGCCUCCUACAAACAAAGAUUACGCACAAGAGAAAUCUAAGCUAGUCAUAUGGUAUGUGACUUACUGCUACAAAUAUCUUGAUAGGUUUAGUUAUGCUGCUGAGUUGAUGCAGCACAUUCAGGUAGACGUUUUUGGGAAAUGCGGAAAUGUAAGCGGCUCAUGUAAGAAAGAUAGACAAGACUUGUCAUGCUUAAGGGAUCAUAUACGCCCGUACAAGUUCUAUUUGGCAUUUGAAAACUUCAGAUGCGUGGAAUACAUAACGGAAAAGUUCUGGCACAAUUCCCUUGAUUACGAUGUCGUUCCAGUCGUACUCGGCGCUCCAAAGGGUGACUAUGAGAGAGUUGCUCCACCGAACUCUUUUAUCCAUGUUGAUGACUUCGGAUCCCCAGAGGCAUUGGCAAACUACCUGAAGUAUCUGGACCAGAACGACGAUGAGUAUAACAGAUAUUUUGCAUGGAAAACCACUCCUCCAAAAAACCUCCCCGACUACGAGUCUAGAUUCUGUGAGGUCUGUAAGAAACUCCUGCAGGUGUCCCGGACGGAGAGAAAGGUGUACACGGACUUAGACAGGUGGUGGAGAGGCGAGAACUACGAGUUCUGUCAGCCUGUCGUCUGGGUUGACAAACAUGAUGCCCCCAGGAAUGCAGCACAUUCACCCUUUCUUGUCUCGUUAGGGACAGAUAUCAUAAUUACGUCUAAACGGCCGUAAUCAACAAACACCAACUGUCAUUGUUAUUGCAUGGGCCGACUUCUCUCUCAUCGCACAUGGGGCUGAAUUGCGCGGAGCUCACAAAAGGCAGGGCCUAAUCGCAAGGUCUGGAGGGAUCUGCCAUUCGGCACCACUCAGGUGACCUCAAUACGACAGUCAUUGCCAAGGUGCGGCCAUAGGACUGAAGGGUUGAACUACUCACACCGGGAAGGACGUCUAACCGGCCGAAUUGAACACCAAUUGCAACUGACUCUAACUACUCACCAAGCAGAUAUUAGGCUCCAGCUCUUUUUUAUUAAGUUUUAAUGUGUUUUUAUCGGGCUCUCUAUUUUGUACUGUUUAUAGCAUGUGGAAUCUAGUCUAACUGGCUACAUUGAUUAUGUUAUUAUGAAGAAAUGUAUGAAGGAUAAAUGUUACCAUUAAAAACUGUAAGUAAAACAACAUCGAAUAUAGAAUACACAUAGAAUCGCCGGGUCAUUCAGUGUCACUAGACAAAGUUGAAAUUUUGUACACAGAACCAGACUUUUUCGCCAGAGGGAUUAAAGAAGCAAUCUACAUCCGGGCUCUACAA